AUGGCCCGUGGAAAUCAAAGGGAACUUGCCCGCCAGAAAAACACGAAGAAACCCCAGGAGAUUAGCAGGGGAGAAAGAAAAGAAGAUCACUUGACUACCUCUCAGAGGAAGCAGAGGGAUUCUGAGAUCAUGCAACAAAAGCAGAAGGCAGCUAACGAGAAGAAGUCUAUGCAGACAAGAGAAAAAUGAUGACUGGCUAGUUUGGAA